GCCGCCGUGUCCAGGCAACUGGCGUGUCCAGGGAGGCGCCGGGAAGCGCCGGGAAGCGCGCACACACCGAUGCUACCCACUGCCCAUGGCUUUCAGGGAUGUGAAUGCAAGGAGACAUAUUGGACUCCAGCAACUCUCAUCCUUGGCAUCGACCGGAAGAGCAUUUCUGGGGCCAAUGAAAUCUCAUAAAUUCAUUGUGGAUGAAACCACCAACCAAAGCACAUUGAUUUGUUCUGCUGUUAGACUGAUUGAAAGUUUGGAUUUGACUAGUGCUGCUGGACAGCUUCUUAAUGAAACCAUUCAGGCACAGAACAAGGAGUUUAAGACUGGGCUGAGUACCCUGUUGUUCCUCGUUGGUGCGUGGAGCAGUGCCGUGGUGGAGUGCCUCCAGCAGAAUGUUCCUGUUUCAGCAAUAGUGUCUGUGAUGUCUGAGGGGUUGAACUCUUGCUGUGAGAGAGUCCAGUGUCUCCAAAUAUCAAUACAUGAUGUAAGGAAAGAGCUGUGUUCUAGCAGAGUUAGGCCAAACGCUUUUGAAUGCAAAGCUUGCCAAGUGGGAUGUGACAGUCUUCUAAAUCCUCAGGAUUUGCUGUAUUUUCAUAAAUGUAUUUCUGAACCAGAAGUAAUUUCAAUAAGUUGUUGUUCCCAUCAAGAAGAUGAUUGUCAUUUUAAGAAGGGCCUGGUUUCACCCUUGGUUGGCUUUGUUUCAUCAGCUUCUCUUGUCAAACCAGAGGGUGACAGAAGUUCAUCUGUGAUUCCUGGAAGUGGUGUUAUUGCAUCCAGCUGUAUCAAACAGAAGUUAACCCACAGCAGACACUUCAGGACUUUAGGAAAAAGCCAUUUUUCAGGUCAACAAGGUAAUUUUCAGGAAUACCUUUUGAAACCAUCAGCAGAUCCAUGUGAAUGCUCUGAUUUAGGACACCUGGCAAUGGCUCUGAGUCAUGGAAAUCAGACUGACGUGAAACUGCUCCAGAGCAUUGUUGAGUAUCAGCAAGAGAGAGCAGAGUGCAGGGGCUCUGCCCAGCUUAAUAUCACAGAGAUUGUGACAUGCUCUUUGCUGGGCCUGCCUGAAAGCUAUUCCUGUGUCUCCCAGGGCUUUGUCACAUUAGUGUCACCAGAACAAGCCAAAGUCAUCAAACACUUUAAAGACAAAUCCCUCCAGAUCCUGCUGGUGGAUGGUGACCUAACAGAGCAGUAUCGUCACUUAGGUUUUAACAGACCACAUAACGUAAGGACCGUAUUGGAGCAUCCUAACCUAGAGGGAGGCAGAGCAGGAGACACGUGGCUAAGCAGAAUGUUAGAUAUUCUAGUGACCUUUGAAGUAAACCUAGUUUUGGUCAAAGGAAGCGUGUGCAAAAACUUACUGGACAGAUGCACCGCAAGCAGGAUACUGGUAAUCAGUCCUGUGCCUCGGGAUGUGUUGUGUGCCUUUGGGGAGGUCACUGGUGCCCAGCCAGUGACAUACCUGAGCCAGCUGAACCCUUCCUGUGCUGGGAACGGGGCCCAGGUGGAGCUGUGGGAGGCCAGCGAUGGGCGUGUGAUGGAUCUGGGUGAGCUUGUGCCGGUCCGGAUCAACGUGCGAGGCAUCCCCCUGCUCACUGCCGUGCUCACCACUGCUGUGGCUUCCAAGGUGCAGCUCCUUGAGGACCAGUUCUGGACUUCAGUGUAUCGACUCCACCAUGCUUUAAAAGAUGGGAAGGUUUUUCCUGGGGGUGGUGCAGUGGAGCUCUUGUGCCUCAGCCACAUCCAGGUGCUCACAGAGCAGCCUGUGCGACCAGCAAAGGCUGGGAAAGAGUUUCCCAGUCCUUGGCUGGACACACCUGUGGCAGAGUAUAAAUCCCUUGUGCUCCAAGCACUAGCAAGUGGCUGGAAGAGGUACCUUUCCGUGGUCAUGUGUAACAUAGCAAAGGCUCCAUCGGAGUUGGAAGCACGUGCAUUAGUGGAUCAUCACCUCAAGAAAGCAGUGGAUUGUGGCUCUCCCUCAGCAUAUAUAUUGGAAUUGUUCAGAAGAGGUGAUGUGCUUGGGGGUGGCUCUAGUCCCUUUGCUGACCAUGGCGAGGGUUUAAAGGUUUACGAUAACGUUGCAGCCAAGACAGAGGCGUGGAGGAGAGCCCUGGACUUGGUGCUGCUGGUGCUUCAGACUGAUGCCGAAAUUAUCACAGGCCCCAAAAGGAAUGAGCUGUUGAACUCGCCUGUGUCAAGUGAAUUUCUGUUCUUAUAGGACUUUGCAGUCCCUGAGUCAGCGGGAGAAGUCCAGGUUCAACUUACAUGUCCUCGUAAUUUAUAAAGCAAACACUGAGAUGUGAUUAUGACUUUAGAGCGUAACAGCAGAAAUCAGAAUGAGAGACAGUCACAAGGUAAUUUUUUAUUUCUAGAAAUGGGAAUUAAAUAACAAAAAUCAGUUAUGAGCUUACCUCUCACUCUAGCCUACUAAUAUUGUCUGUACAGAUGUCUCCUAGUGUCCUCUAAAGAAAGGUAGGGACUUCUUACAUGACAUUGGUGUGCUUGUGUUAAAUUAAAGAAUAUAUAUAAUGUAAUUAAUUAUGAAUUAAUACCUUGUUCUUAAUUUUCAUACAUUGUAAGCAUAAGAGUUAAACUUGAGUGUUACAUUUUACACUAAGAGAUCAUAUUAAUAGAUUCUAUUUUUGUAUAUUUAUGUGGUCCAUAUAUCUCCUAUUUUCCGAUACAUACCCUUUGGAAUUUCUCUGGAUUUGACAAAUUCAUGCUGAAUCCUUCCUUUUGGUAUUAUAGACUGGGUGUAUCUCCACAAAAUUUUCAAUUUUACAUCACGAACUGGAUUUCUAGGUUGUUUCAGUUAUCUUUGUAGAGAGGAAAAUGAUCUAUGUUUUAGGUGUUGGCUAAAAACCGUAAACAGGUCUAUCAUGAUUGAGGCAAGGCAUUUUUACUGUGUUACAGCACUUAUAAUUUGGAAGCAGAGCCCUGAAGAACUGGCACUUCAUUGAAAGAAAGAGGUGUGUAACUAUGGAGAUUUUUUUUUUUCUGAACUUGGCAUUCUGAAUCAUACUUAAAGUGAAAUGUCUCAGUUCUGGUGAAAACAGAACAGAAAACAAAUGGAAAUGGUGAUGUUAAAGUGUAUUCUUGCUUUCAGGAACUUUCUCGUUAAACUGCUGAUGGCUGGCAUACAGAUGAUGAAAUUCACCCUCAAAUAAGGUUUAAAUAUAUAGAGAGAUGAGUAUGUAUAUUAAAGUAGUGUUAUAUCUUUGACCUGAAACAGCAAAUCUUUUGGUUUUCUAUCAAACUCCAGAAUUCAGUGGAUUUUGGGAAAAUCUCAUCAGUACUGUAGGGGUUUAUAAUUUUAAUUUGGAACAGUAUUUCCUAGCAGCAUAGGGGUCUAGUUAUAUGGAAGUUUUGAUCAGCCUGCAAUUACAUUUUCAUUAUUAAUCAGUUGGCACAUUGAUGUUUAACUGCUUGGUGUACUGAGACACGAGAGAGAAAGAGUCUGGUAGAUCAAAAGAGGCAAAAGGAGCUGGUGGCUGUUAAGUGAGAAUGAAGUGGAAACACAGCAUAUAAAUA